UCGUAAACGCAUCCACGUCGCUCCCAAAACCACCCUUACAAAAUUCCGCGCGGCUCCUGAACGCUCUCGGUCGCCGCCUCCACUCGCCUCCAUUCUUCCUCGUCGCCGUCUCCCCGCUCGCUCCAAGCAGACGCCGGCGAAAUGGCCCCGAAGCGAGGCGGCAGGGUGCCGGUUCCGGCGAAGAAGAAGACGGAGAAGGUGACGAACCCGCUGUUCGAGAAGAGGGCGAAACAGUUCGGGAUCGGGGGCGCGCUGCCGCCGAAGAAGGACCUCCACCGCUUCGUGAAGUGGCCAAAGGUCGUGCGCAUCCAGCGCCAGCGCCGCAUCCUCAAGCAGCGGCUCAAGGUCCCCCCGGCGCUCAACCAGUUUACCCGUACCCUCGACAAGAACCUUGCAACAAACUUGUUCAAGAUGCUUCUUAAGUACCGCCCUGAAGACAAAGCUGCCAAGAGGGAGAGGCUUUUGAAGAGGGCCCAGGCUGAAGCUGAAGGGAAAACUGUUGAGGCAAAGAAACCAAUUGUUGUGAAGUAUGGCCUUAACCAUGUUACUUACCUCAUUGAGCAGAGCAAGGCCCAGCUUGUUGUCAUUGCUCAUGAUGUUGAUCCCAUCGAGCUUGUUGUUUGGCUUCCAGCCCUUUGCAGGAAAAUGGAGGUUCCAUACUGCAUUGUCAAGGGAAAAGCACGCCUUGGAUCGAUUGUUCACAAGAAGACCGCAUCUGUUCUUUGCCUAACUACUGUCAAGAAUGAGGACAAACUUGAAUUCAGCAAGAUCCUGGAGGCUAUUAAGGCAAACUUCAACGACAAGUUCGAUGAGGUCAGGAAGAAAUGGGGUGGUGGUAUAAUGGGCUCCAAAUCACAGGCGAAGACGAAAGCCAGGGAAAAGCUGCUCGCGAAGGAGGCUGCACAGCGAAUGACCUAAAAUUAGCUGUUGUCAAAUUUAUCUUGUACUUCUCCUGAGUAGCGUGCAAGCAUUCUGUGAUUUUCUGAUCUGGUUUUGAGUCAAAAAGGAACCCUGUAAGGCAUCAAUAUUUUUGCUCAAUGCUAGUUAGUUCAUAUGACUCAACUUCUCGAUUGGUCAAGCACUCACGAAACUUUUGUGCGCUUGUACUAUUUUGAGGUUUUACAUCAAAUGAAAGCAUGUUACCUGCGGUAUAGCUGUC